AUGAAAGCUUAUUGUGUAUUCUAUUGUAAUCAAGAUGUUAGAAUCUUAAAACAAGGUCAUUCUAAAUUUAGAGAUAUGUGUUUAGAAUAUUUAAAUAUUGAUGUUGAUAAAGUAAUAUCAGCAGCUUCUUUAGCUAAUACUUACUUUAAGCAUAACGUUUAUUCAAAAAUAGAUAAUUUAAAAGAAUAUGGAGGAAAAGUUAGAGAAUUUAUUCAAGGAGCUAUUUAUGGAGGAAGAUGUAUGACUAGAGAUAAUAAAAAUGCAACAGGUUCUCCAAUUGUUAUUACUAAAAAUAUGUUAAUUAAUGAUUAUUUACUUAAUCACCUUAUGGAUGAACAACAAUUAGAACCUACUGAAAGUAAAUUUAUUUCUGCUUUUAUUGUUGAUAUUGAAAUUACUAAAGUAAAUAAGAAAUUACAUUUUCCAUUAAUUGUUAAAAAAGAUAAAACUGGUAAUCAUAAUACUAAUGAACCUUGUAUUAUGAGAGUUGAUAAUAUAUUAUUAGAAAAUCUUAUUAAAUUUCAACGGAUUGAAUAUAAAAUAAUUAGAGGCUAUUAUUGGACUUGUAAUAAGUCUGAUUUAUUAUCUAACGAGAUGUCUAAAUUGUAUAAUUUAAGAAGAGAUUUUAAGAAACAAGGUAAUCCAGUUCAAGAAGUAUUUAAAUCAAUUAUGAAUUCAUCAUAUGGUAAAACUAUUCAAAAACCAAUUAAAUCUGAUCUUGUAUAUAAACAAAUAUCUGUUAAAAAUAUUAAAGGAGAUAUUCAAUACGAUGCUGAUAGAUAUUUAAGAAAGAAUUCAUUAUUAGUUAAAUCAUUUUAUGAUGUUGCUGAAAAUAUAAGAUGCUUUGAAUGUAAUAAAAGUUUUGAUGAUUUCUUUGUUCCAAAUCUUAUUGGCGUUCAAACUCUUACUAUGUCAAAACGAAUUAUGAAUGAAGUUAUGUGUUUAGCAGAAGAUUUAAAUAUUCCAAUUUAUUAUCAAGAUACUGAUUCAAUGCAUAUUUUAAAAUCAAUACUUAGUGAAUUAGAAAAUGAAUAUUUUAAUAAAUAUAAUAGAGUACUUAGAGGUUCUAAUAUUGGUCAAUUUCAUCCAGAUUUUGAUGAAUUAACUGGUUAUGUUACUAGUAUUGAAUCUUAUUUCUUGGGUAAAAAGGCUUAUUGUGAUAAAUUAACUAAUGAAAAUAAUGAAAUAGAAUAUCAUCUUAGAUUAAAAGGUAUUCCUAAUAAUUUAUUAAAUUGUCAAUAUGAUGAUCCAUUAAAAUUAUAUAAGAAACUAUAUGAUGGAGAAUCGUUUAAUUUUAAUCUUUUACAACUUAGACCAUCAUUUGAAUUUACUAAAGAUUUUAUAAUUAAAUCGAGAUCUCAAUUCUGUAGAAAUAUUAAAUUUAAUACUGAAUUGGAUAGAUUAUAUGGAAUUAAUCCUGAUCAUGGUUCUAAAAGAAUUUUAAAAAUUUUUUAUUCAAAUACAAAUACACCUAAACCAGAAGUUAAAGAAGAUAAAGAAAUUAAAUAUUCGCCUGAAAUUCAAUUAAAUGCUGAAUUAAGACCUCAACCAUCAAUUCAACCACAUGGUACAAUUACUUCCAUAGCUACUUAUCCACCAACUAAUUAUUUUAAGAAAGAUAGAACAAUAAAACAAUUAUUUAAUGUAGACAUGAAUCAACAUGUUCCAUCAUUAGCUAAAAAUAUAUAUACUUAUUUCAAUAACAAAGAUAUAAUUUAUGCUAAUAAUUUUAAACCAUCUCCACCCAAAUAUUCAUUUUAUAAUAAAAAUUUUGCUUAUAAAUUUGUUGCAAUAUCAAAUACUUAUAUGUUUGAUAUAUUGUAUUUCUUUGAUAAAGAUAAGAGAGUAACUCAACAAAAAUAUGAUAAACCAUCUGUAAAAAUAAAUUUUGAUCACAGAGUUCAUAAAAAUAAUCCAUUACAACCAUACCUAAUAGGUAUAAAUGUGAAUACAAGAUAUGGGUAUGUUAUUUCUAUUAAAGAUAAAACUGCAUCAUCAAUUAUAAAUGGGUUUGAAGAAUUAUUUGAACAAGGAUUAAAAAUGACAAAUUUAAUAUUUGAUGGAGAACGAGGUAUAUCAUCAAAUGAUUUUGCUGAUUAUAUUAAUUCUAAGAACAUUAAAUUAUUUGUUACAGCAACAAAAAUUCAUACUUCUACAGCUCUCAUUGAUAGAUUAUGUAGAACCAUAAGAGAUUUAUAUGUCAAAUAUUAUAUUUUAAAUGAUGAUGAAUUUAAAAAUAUAAUUAAUUCUAUAUCAUUUCAAAACAUGAAAAGAAAAGAAUUACUCCAAUACAUGACUAAAAUACGUAAAUUAU